AUGAAUUGUUGCAGUAGCCAGCAUAAGAAAAGUCAUGUCACUAUUAGGCAAACUGAAGCAUAUCUGCUAUCACACAAGUUCAGGUUUUCUCCACAGGAGUUGCUAUUAUAUCAACAGAGGUUUGACAGGAUGGCUAAAGGAAAAGCAUUCACAUUAAAGAAAUUCAGAAAAAACAUGGGAUUGUUAGGCAUGAAAAGCACUCGCGCAAUAGCAGAUCGGAUUUUUAAAGUAAUGGAUAAAGACUGCAGAGGGAGAAUUACAUUUGAACAGUUUUUAGAGUACAUGGAUAUAUUAAUGCACGGUAAUCGAGAAGAAAAAGCUUACCAGUCAUUUCGGCUGAUAGCUCAGAAAAAUAGCGAAAUCAUUACAUUUCCUGAAUUUUCGAAAUAUUUGUUGAGUGUAGCAGAGAUGAGAAAUAACCUGACUGGAAGCAGUAAAGACGAUGCAAGCCAAGAAGUUGUCAAAAAGCAGUUUGACAUGAUGGAUUUAAAAGGGGAUGGAGUUAUCGAUUUCGAUGAGUUCAAACAAAGCCUGUCUAAAAACAAGCCCAUUUUUGAAUGGUUAAGCCUUGCUAGAUUUGGAGUUAAUGAUAGAUGUGAAGAGCGGAAAGAGUCAACUAAUAGCGAAAAUUACAGAGAUAGGAUAGAGUCCUUGGAAAGAAAGUUAUAUUCUUGUAUAGAGCUGCUUAAUGCUCCUGCUAAUGAAGAAGUGUCUCCAAAAGCUUCAUUUAUUAGAAGUUUUCAAGACAACUCAGCUGAUAGAGGCCCAAAAUUAAUUUUGCAACAAGAUUUUGAAAGAGGACCAAAAUUUAGCUCACAUCAAGAAAUUGGGCUUGAUGGAGAUAUGGACGUUCCUUUUUCUUAUAUAGACGAUGAUAUAUCAUUUUCUGACAUAGACACACAGCCAGUCUCAGAUAGUACUUAUAGCCACAUUCCUCAAAUGAAAUCCCCAGAGAAAUCCAUCAGCUUUAUAAGUGAUUUAGAUACUUCUGAAAUUUAUGAUAAUAGAAGAUCAAUGGUUUUAGACAGAUUAAAAGAGCUAGCAAGGUCUAUGCACUCACUUAAGGCAGAAACUCUUGGAGAUGAAGACGCUCAAGAUAACCCAAGAAGGAGAGCAAGCACAAGAUAUAAUGUUCCCAAGAAAAAUGCUGAAAAGAAGAAAAGCGUCAUACAUUGGGGUGAUGAAGACUGAAGCUUAAUUGUAAGCAUGAUGCUCGGUAUACAAAAAGCUGUAAGAGCAGCUGCUGUAAAUUUAGAUCCUAACUCAAUCCCAACUCCUGAACAGUUUGCAGAAAGAUCAAAACUAAACUUAUUGCCAGGUGAGUCUUCUGUUCAGUCCAAAAUGUGCAAAUUUAGAGAUUAUUCUCCAUUUAUUUUUGAGAGAAUUCGAAGAAGGUAUGGUAUUUCAGCAAAUCAGUACAUAAAAUCAUUAGGUGUUGAUAUGAUAAUGAGCAGCCUACUCCAAAGUGAGUUUUCUUCCCUAGUUGGGCUAAUGUCCAGUGGUAAAAGUGGCAGCUUUUUCUAUUAUAGUGAUGAUGGAAAAUAUGUUGUAAAAACAAUGACCAGAGAUGAGUAUGUGUUUUUAAGAAAAAUUUUACCUGAGUAUUAUGAGCACAUAAUGACUUAUCCUGAUACACUUAUCCCAAGAUUUUAUGGCUUCCAUAAAUUGCUUUCACCAAGAGGUGGAAAAACAAUUAAAAGAUAUAUCAUUGUAAUGGGGAAUGUUUUUUCUUCAGGAGAUGAAAUACAUAUAAGAUAUGAUCUAAAAGGAUCCACUUAUGGCAGAUCUACAGACCCAAAUGAAGAUUUUUCUGUUGCCAGAAAGGACUUAGAUUUCAAUAGAUCAGGACUAAAAAUUGAUAUAGAUCCUACAAAAAAAGAAAAAGUUCUGCAACAGAUGGAAAGAGACUGCGAAUUUUUUGUGAAAAAUGAUAUUAUUGAUUACAGCCUGCUACUUGGGAUCCAUCAUACAAAAGGGGAAAGGAUUGUUCAUAGAACAAAUGUGCCUUUAGCAGAAACUGAAGGAGGGGGGCUUAUGUCGCUAAAUGGGGAUAAACUCUAUUUUAUGGGAAUAAUUGAUAUUUUGACACUUUAUGGUGCGAAAAAGAAACUUGAGCAUUUAUUUAAAGGAAGCAUAUAUGGGAGUUCAGCUAUUUCAUGUGUGCCUUCCAAACUUUAUGCAGAGAGAUUUCUUGGUUAUAUGAAUACAAUUUUUACUGACUCUCCCCUUUAAAUUUGAGCAAAAUAUAGGUAAAAUUUCCAAUUUUUCAAUUUUUAAAAAUUUAGUUCUAUUUUAUAUAAUAUAAAUAACUCUUUUUAAAUUGGAGCAGGAUGUUUGGCUCUAAUUUAAAGAGGGGAGAGUGAAUAG